AUGGUGCGAAGGGUACAGAACUACGACGACUACGGCUCAGCCGUCCAGCAGAUCAUACUGUCUACCUCUGACGGCGAGUUCCUCGACCAGCUCAUCCCCGUCCUCAAAGAUGCGACCAUCACCAGCCGCUCGAGCGCCCUCACCCAAACCCUUUCGCAGUACGCCGACGACCGGGAAUCCGAGAUCGAGAGGAUAGGCUUGACGAAGCAUGAAGAGUUCCUCGGCUCUGUCAAUCAGCUCCAGAACGUUCGCGAACGAACCGUCACUCUGACGGCCGAUAUCCUCGAGCUGAACCAGUCCAUACAAGCUAGCACCGAAAAGUUGGCAGAGCAAAAGCAAGCGCUGGUCAACACACGCGCUGUCCGGGAGAAUAUAUCCGACGUGUCCGAUGCGCUGAAGGAGUCUCUGAAGAUACUGCACGCUGUCAACAACGCGCAUGAAUUGAUCCGGAAGAAGAAAUACUAUGGCGCGCUCAAGUCUCUCGACGACCUCCAGAACGAAUUCCUUAUUCCCACCAUACAGAACAAGUAUGCUACUCAGCAUCGGCUGGCCGAUCUGAUCCAAAAGUCCAUUCCAGCUUCGCAAAAGACUAUUUCCGAAGCAGUCAUGACAGAUCUCAACACAUGGCUAUAUCGUAUAAGGGAGACUUCGCAGUUCCUUGGAGAGGUUGCAUUUUACCAUACAGAGAUGCGUCGGUCUCGCCAACGAGAACGAGUCGAGAAUGACGAUUUUUUGAACAAUUUCAAACUAAACUCGGCCAUUGAACUAGUUUUCGACGAAAGUGAGGAGUUCGACGUGCUCGAUAACGAGGAGUUGCAGGUCGACUUCACCCCCCUUUUCGAGGCUCUGCAUAUCCAUGAGGCCCUUGGGCAAAGCGAUAAGUUUCGGUCCGAGUACGCUGCUACAAGAAGACGACAAAAAGAGCUACUUCUACCAAGCUCUGUAAGCCUUACAACAGACGACGAGCAGUCUCUAAGUAGUCUGUUGGAGGGCAUUGCCGGGUUUGCCAUUAUUGAAAAAGCAACGAUGCGAAGGGCGCCGCAACUUCGUACGGCCAUCGAUGUUGAGGAAUUGUGGGAUUCAAUGUGCUCUACUGCAAUAUCGUUGACCUCGAAAGCCUUAGGUGACGUCGGUAACGCCGAAGUUCUCUUGAAGCUGAAGGGGGUAAUCGCUCUGUUCAUCCAGACCAUGGAGGGAUGGGGCUACUCAGUUGUGAGACUUGACGACUUUCUAGUCACACUAUUCGACAAAUACGCAGAGUUACUCAAGAGAAGAUUCAGCGAGGAUUUUCAAGAGAUCGUGUCAACUGAUGACUACAUGCCAAUGGCUAUCAACUCCAGAGAGGAGUACGAUAAGGUCGUCAAUGUUAGCUGGUUUAAUCAAGACAAACCGAUCGAAGAGUUGACGUUCCCCUGUGUUCUGCCCUUCUCGCAGAUGUACCCACUGUGUUGUAUCGACAUUAGGAAUUUCCUCAACCAGUUCUAUUUCUUCUCGGACGAUCACUUCCAGCAUCCGAACAAGAUUGACGAUACUCUGCGCAAAUCCCUUGACGAGCUCCUCACAGAAAAGGUGUGCCAGUCUCUUGUCGAAAGACUGAGCUCGCAGUAUCUGGGUCAAAUAGUACAGAUCUUGAUCAACUUGGAACACUUCGAGACUGCGUGCCAGGAGCUAGAGCAGCUUCUUAUCCGGGCACGCUCGUCCGCAUCCGCAGGUGGGCCGUUGACCCUCGGGGCCACUGAACAGUUCAGAGAGAACAAGAAGACGGCGGAGAAGCGCAUCUUCGAGUUGGUCAAUUCGAAGAUCGAUGACCUUGUGGACACAGCGGAGUACGACUGGACGGGAUACAACCAGCCCUCGGAGCCAAGCAGCUACAUGCAGACUCUGACCGUAUAUCUCUCCGAUAUCAUGAACUCGACACUGCUGGGACUACCGAGAGAGAUCAAGGAGCUCAUCUACUUCGACGCCCUCAGUCACGCAGCCAAUAAGAUCCUCGCCCUGCCCCUCUCUCCAGACGUCAAGAAGAUCAACCCGAACGGCGUGAUGGCGCUCUCGAAGGAUGUUCAGCACCUUACAGACUUCGUCGACAGCCUCGAAAACGGGUUCAUGCUGCGCUCGAAUCUCGACGAAUUGGAGCAGACUAUUCAGCUGCUGCGGUCAGAGAACACGGACGAGUUCUUCGACGUCUCGACGCGCAACAAGAAGUACGGCCGAGUGGAUGCUAUGAACGGCCCGCUGCUGCUGGAAAAGCUCACCAACCAGAUAUCCAGUCCUGGCCAAGCGUCGCAACGUUUCGCCAACUUCUCGUCGAACCUGUCGUCUCGGUUUGGUACCAAAUGA